GGUUGGGGGAGGGCGCGGGGGGGGGGCACGAGCGCGUGAGCGCGGGGCCGCGGCCGCGCGUGCUCGGCGGCGGGGGCGCGCGCUCCCGGCGCACAGGGACAGGAGGGGAGGGGAGCGAAGCGCACGGCCCGCCCGGGCGGCUCGGAGGGGGAGAUGCAGCGCGGAUCCCCCGGCGCACCUGCAGCCUCGGUCCGGGGAUGGGGGUAGGGGGGUGUCAGGCUCCAGGCCAGCGCGGCAGAGGCCGCUCACUCUCCACCUUGUCACCUAGAACCUCGGGGCUCGCGGUAGGCGUGUCUUUAGGGAGAAGCUCGCGUUAGGUCUCCGGGGCCCGGAGGUGGUCGGCCCCGCCUCUUCGCACUUAGGGUCAGGAUGCAAUGUUUCCUUUCCAAAGGAGUGUGUUUGAUCACUUGAAACGGUGAUUUACGGGCAAAUAUUAAGGGAACAACCAUGUGGCACAGAGCUGGGCAGCGGUCCCCCGAGGGAGGUUCCUGCCGAUCUGUACUAGACCCCACGGCGCCCGUCCCAGUGAGGUCUGCAGCUCCCUCCCGGCGCCCACCUUAGCGCCAGUGUGGGCGUCAGCAGCCCCUCUGGCAGGCAGGGGACCAGAACCACAGGUCCCUCUGUGCCCCACCAGACCCCAGGUGAAGGUCGCCGGCCUCAAUGCACAAAGAAACAGGCAGAGGGACGCGGUGGGGGCAGGGUUGGGGGUGGUGUCCUGAAAUUCUCUCAAAGGUCACAUGUGACCUCACUGUUAUCUCCUCGCCUGAUUUAGGCAGGCAGCCUGGGCAGGGGCUGCAGGGUUAUGAGGUCCGAUCCCUGCCACCAAGGCCAGCCCAAGGCCAGCCUCCAUGCUGCAUCUGACUGGACAGGGGCUCUGAUGGGCCAAAAGAGCCCCUCCCUGAAAUAUCUCCACCUGCCACGAAUCUCACCCCAGAACCUCCAGAGACCCCUGCCCCCCCCUUCCUAAGACAGAGGAACGGCUCCUCCCUACAUUAGGUCCCCAUCCCGGGUACCCCCUUUCUUACACCAGCACCCAGGCCCCAUCCCCCACCCCAGCAUGCACACACGCGUAUCUGCCCUGGCCUCCGCUGCUCUGUGCCCGAGUCCUGUGUCACACAGCCUGUGCUCUGUACCCCAUCUAGGGAGACCCCCAAGGGCGAUGAGGCUCCCGCCUGGCAGGCCACCCAAGGAAUUCUCUCUCUGCCCCCUUGCCAGUAGCUGGGACAGGAGAUAAAGUUUAUAUGACCCCCUCAAUAGCUACCCUCCUCUCUGCACCCUGAGGUGAACGUCAUCUGCCCCAGGGAGGGGUCCGAAGCCCGGAACUGCUCUAGCUUGUCCCCCCAGCCCAAAACACGGUUUCUGGUCUGGGCAAACAGCUCCCCACCAGGGGCCAAGCGGGUCCUGGGCUGGACUCUGGGGGGGUAGGUGGAGGGAAGACCCUCAGCUCUGUCCCCGGUAGACGGGAAAGCCCCCUGGGAUGGGCCCUUCCCACGUAGCCCUUCAACAUGGCGGGAGGGGGGCUCCCCUUCACUGGGUGUAAAGGUGGGGGACCUGAGACUCAGAAUCGUGUUAAAAACAGCCGUCCACCCUUCGUGGGGCAUGAGAGUAAUCAUUUAAAGGGAUCGCCUUCACUCCAGCUCUCCCAGGCAGACCCCACCUGCCUCAGAGAGACUGGAGACGCGGCUAGGCCGGGCACUUGCCAGUCACCGGGGGUUGGACCCGCACCCCACGGCAAGAAGGGCAAACCUGGCUGGCAGUGUGUCCCGAUGCCUGGCGGCCCCCCCGCCCCGCCCACAGCAGUCCACGUGCAUGUGCACACACAUGCUCAGCAACACCCCCGCGCCUGCUUUCCACAAGAGGCCACAGAACAGAGGCUGGGACACGGCUGCCCGGUGCCCGGCUGGCUCAGGUACACUUGGCCUGUGCUCCAGAGCAGACCAGAACCGUCUCAUGGCAGAAUAGGGAGGAUGUCAUGGGAUGAGGCGACCAGCCCCGACCCGGGUACCCCUCUCAUCCUUGCCCACCCUUGGUCAGUCGUGCGACCACGGCAACGGGCCCCAGAGCUGCAGGCUCACAUCCCAGGGCUGGCUGGGCUCGCGCGCCUCCCGCCCCCCAGAGGACCCCAGGACCCACGCGCCCUGCGCCAGCUCUUUGCUGCCCUCACCCACGCUGUCCCGCACCUGGAGCCCCGUGGGGGGAUGGGAGCUUACCAGAGGUGCACACACUCGCACUUACUUGUGAGCUGGGAUUACAGCACAACUCCCUGGGUUAGCCACUCAGGUAACGCUCAUCUGGGGGAAACCCAUGACUCAGCAAUCUUUGGGGUAAAUAAUUGAACCGCAAACCCAGUUUGGCUAAGCAGUCACAUGGUAACCACAGAGCGCUGCCCGCGGUGGGCGCCAGACCUGCCGCGGCCUGGCUCCUGGCUCCGGCUCUGCCUCAGAACCCGCCGUCCACACGUCCCCACCGGCUAACAAGCCAGAGAGCUCUGGACGUGCAGGCGGCCGGCAGAGUCGGGCCUUGGAGCGCUGACAAGCCAGGGGCCUCGCUACCCUCCCGCCCACCCAGCCUGUGAGGGGCUCCCCAGUGCUCACGGGGGGCUGUGCCUGCCAGGCCGUCCUCCACACCCCAGCGAAACUGCAGGCCGCGUGUCCUGGGCCAGCGAGUGAGAAGUCAAGGACGGGGCUGGGCCCCAGCAGGUGAGGUGCCCUUGGGACACAAGGGACAGUCCCAGACUUGUGCUCCAUGGUGCACCUGUGUGGUCUGAGACCCAACCCAGGAGUGUGUCCCACGGUCCCAGGUGACGGGGCAGGUGACAGACACCAGCCACCCCCACUUCCCUCCCGGCUGGCCUCGUCUAAGAUCAGCCUCCCAAAGCGCGUCCCGGGAAUUCUGCCACGAGGACCGGGGGGUAUAGCGAGUGCUGCUGUGUGAGCAGCCCCUCCGCGAGCAAAGAUCUGGGGUCUCCCUAUCUUCAAGUUUCAACAGGGGGCACCAGGAGGCGCUCUUCCUCUAAGCCCCGGGGCCCAUGGUGCAGCGGUGAUGGGAGGGCCGCCGGAGGGACCCCUCCGGUUUGGGUGACGGCGAGGGGGGGCCUCUGGCGUGGACGUGGGCACGGGGAGGUGGGCCGGGAGCAGCGGAGCUGGGUCUGGCCACAUGCGAGUCUGGGUCUCUGUGCCGCCCGCUGACCCCAGCAGGGAUGCCCACCUCUGUUUCAGGUCUUCCCAGGAUGGACGUGUCCCCCGACUGCACGCAGCAGGGCGGGGGGCUGGUGCUGGUCCGCCGGCGGCCCCCAGUGCCCCCGGGCCUGCGCGAGAUGCUUAAAGCCAGGCUGUGGCGGGGCUGCGCCUGCAGCACGCGCGGGGCCUGGGCGCUGGCGCAGGACCUGCUCCCCGCCACACGCUGGCUGCGCCACUACCGCCCGCGGGAGGCCCUGGCGGGCGACGUCAUGUCCGGGCUGGUCAUCGGCAUCAUCCUGGUGCCGCAGGCCAUCGCCUACUCGCUCCUGGCAGGGCUGCAGCCCAUCUACAGUCUGUACACGUCCUUCUUCGCGAACCUCAUCUACUUUCUCAUGGGCACCUCGCGCCACGUGUCCAUGGGAAUCUUCAGCCUGCUCUGCCUCAUGGUGGGCCAGGUGGUGGAACGCGAGCUCCUGCUGGCUGGCUUUGACCCUGCCCGGGACGGCCCGGGGUCCGGGGACAACGGCACCACCCUCAACGCCUCGGCCACGCUGGUGCUCAGGCCACGGGACUGCGGGCAGGACUGCUACGCCAUCCGGGUCGCCACUGCCCUCACGCUGGUGGCUGGGAUUUACCAGGUCCUCAUGGGCGUCCUCCGGCUGGGCUUCGUGUCCGCCUACCUCUCACAGCCCCUGCUCGACGGCUUUGCCAUGGGGGCCUCGGUGACCAUCCUGACCUCCCAGCUGAAGCACCUGCUGGGCGUGAGGGUCCCACGGCACCAAGGGCCGGGCAUGGUGGUCAGCACGUGGCUGAGCCUGCUGCGCGGCGCCGGCCAGGCCAACCUGUGCGACGUGCUCACCAGCGCCGCGUGCCUGGCCGUGCUGCUGGCCGCUAAGGAGCUGUCGGACCGCUGCCGCCACCGCCUGAAGGUGCCGCUGCCCACGGAGCUGCUGGUCAUCGUGGCGGCCACGCUGGCGUCCCACUUUGGGCGGCUUCACGAGCGCUUUGGCUCCAGCGUGGCCGGCGACAUCCCCACCGGGUUCGUGGCCCCCCGGCUGCCCGACCCUGGGCUGAUGCGGCGCGUGGUGCUGGACGCCGUGCCCCUGGCGCUGGUGAGCUCCGCCUUCUCCGUGUCCCUGGCGGAGAUGUUCGCCCGGAGCCACGGCUACUCCGUGCGAGCCAACCAGGAGCUGCUGGCCGUGGGCUGCUGUAACGUGCUGCCUGCCUUCUUCCACUGCUUCGCCACCAGCGCCGCCCUGUCCAAGAGCCUGGUGAAGACGGCCACCGGCUGCCGCACGCAGCUGUCCAGCGUGGUCAGUGCCGCCGUGGUGCUGCUGGUGCUGCUGGUGCUGGCGCCGCUGUUCCGGGACCUGCAGCGGAGCGUGCUGGCCUGCGUCAUCAUCGUCAGCCUGCGCGGGGCCCUGCGCAAAGCGAGGGACGUCCCGCAGCUGUGGCGGCUCAGCCCGGCCGAUGCGCUGGUCUGGGUGGCCACCGCGGCCACCUGCGUGCUGGUCAGCGUCGAGGCGGGGCUGCUGGCGGGCGUCCUCCUGUCCCUGCUCAGCCUGGCUGGCCGCACGCAACGCCCACGGGCCACCCUGCUCGCUCAGAUUGGGGACUCGGGCUUCUACGAGGACGCCGCGGAGUUUGAGGGCCUGGUCCCUGAGCCGGGCGUGCACGUGUUCCGCUUCGCGGGGCCGCUCUACUACGCCAACAAGGACUUCUUCCUGCGGUCACUCUACAGACUCACGGGGCUGGAUGCGGGGACAGCGGCCACCGCGAGGAAGGAGCGGGGCCCGGAGGCCAGGGUCGGCGAGGGAGACCCCGUCGAGGGCACGGACCCGGGCCCAGCCAGCAGCACGGCCGCACGGCUGGUGCCCCCGGCGGCCGGCUUCCACGCGGUGGUCAUCGACUGCGCUCCGCUGCUGUUCCUGGACGCGGCCGGCGUGGCCGCGCUGCAGGACCUGCGCCGAGAUUACAGGGCCCUGGGCAUCGCGCUGCUCCUGGCCUGCUGCAGUCCCCCGGUGAGGGACACCCUGAGGAGAGGCGGGUUCCUCGGGGACGACACGGGGGACGCGGCCGAGGAGGGGCAGCUGUUCCACAGCGUGCACAACGCCGUGCAGGUGGCCCGCGCCCGCCACUGGGAGCAGACGGCCACCGACUCCACCCUCUAGCGCGGCCGGUGCCCGACGCCAGCCUGACCGCCCUUCCGGGAGCCCUGGGCAGACAGGCUCACGCCAUCGGUCUCUUUACAUCAAUGAGCACAGUCGCCACUGCCCCCCCCCCCCCGCCCCCGCCCCAAGACCAACGCUGUGCCCUGGAAGAACCAGGGAACACACAAAGGACUCGGACACUUGAACAUCCAGGAACUACGCCUUUGAAACAAGCCACCACAGCCACCCCGGGCCCUGGUGCUGUGUGUACGCGGUGCCGCAGGGUCAGUCCGACGCUGACUGUCACCGUCUCGUUUGAACAAGGGCCCGAGGCAAUCACGAGGCCUCCCUUGGCCCGCCCGGCCCCAGUCCCACUGGCCACAGCCGGGAGGGUCUGUGUCUCUGGGAGCCCUUCAAACACACACCCAAGUGCUCCUUACAUCUGACGCCUCGGCCAGGCUGAGCUUUGCAAGGCCAAAGGUGGGCGUGAUCGACCCAAGUCCCGCUCAGCCCUUGGGCGGCGCUCCUGCAAAGCCUGACCUGAGGACACGGGGCACCAGGUGCGUGGGCGCACGCUCUCCGGGGCUGGCUCCAGCCACAAAGCUGGCGCAGUGGGACACCCACCUGACCCCGAGCCUCCAAGUCCUGUCCGGUGGGAAGCCAGCUGUGCCCAAACUCGGGGCUGCCCCGGGAGCCCACACGGCCCCGCGCGGCCUCCUCCACCGAGGACGUUUUGCCAGGAGGUGUCAGAGCAACAGGACAUCCCCUCCGCUCUGCCCCCAUCACAGCCCACACGGCACCACACUGUCCUCCCGGACGCUGCCUCCUCUCGGCCUUGGUCUUCGUCUCCAGUAAGGGGGCUCUGCCCAGCUGCCCCCAUCACUCACCUGGCUGUGAUGAGCUCCAGCAGCCAGUGGGUCCGGACCUGCUCGAUGCCGCCGUGGGGGACAGCGCCCACGUAGGCCAUGUUGAGCUGCUGGUCCCAGCUGAGGUCAUACUGGUCAGCCCGGCUGUGAGGCAGCGGGGGACUGGGGACAGAACAAGGGGGAAUGGGCCAUUAGUCCCCAGGGGCGGGGCGCCAGAACAGCCCCUGCAGCUACAAAUCCAGGGCCCCAGAUUGCCCCGGGACAGCAGUCCCCAGCAGCUGGACCCUGGAGUGCCCGCCGAUGAAUUUUACUGUCCCUGAUGUAAUAAAACGGCCCCUAACGCCAGGAAUGCCA